UAAAGUUGCGAUGAGGAGCAUCCAGCGGCGUAACGAGUGACACCUGGGAUCGGUAAUAUGGAGAAACAAGUCACGUUACUGUCAUCGCAGCUCUUUCAGAAGCACAGGCAGGUAGAAGUAGUUCUCAGUCGCAGUGUUUUGGCGUGGAAACCGGUUGAGAAAAGCAGAAAACCAUGCUCGGGGACUUGUGACUCAGUACACGGUUAUUCUGUUGAGGUGUGUGAAAUUGUUUCUGUCUGCAAGACGGAAGACGAUGACCAAGACGCUGCACAGACUGGGAAACAUCAAAAAAAGACAAAACAGCUGUAUCCCUAUGCAUUCACAGUUUCCUACGUGCGAAGGACACGGCAGCACCAGUGGCGGUGUAGCGAGGUCACCUUUCACUGUGCCAACCAGGCACUCUGCGAGGAGUGGGUCCAAGUUACAAAUGAGCAGCUAUCACUACUCACCAAUCGACCAAAGAGCCUUCUGGUGUACAUCAAUCCAUUCGGUGGAAAGCGUCGUGGGAAACGUAUUUACGAGCAGAAGGUGGCUCCAAUGUUUCGCCUUGCCGGCAUUGCGACCACUGUGAUUGUUACAGAGCGUGCCAAUCAUGCCGAAGACCACUUGAAAACAGAGGCCAAUCUAGAUAAAUAUGACGGGGUGGUGUGUGUUGGUGGAGAUGGGAUGUUCAGUGAAGUCCUUCACGGGCUGGUUGCCAGGACGCAAAAUAACCACGGUGUUGACCAGAACCAACCGGACGCUGAAUUGGUGCCAUGUUCUUUACGGAUAGGAAUCAUUCCUGCAGGGUCUACUGACUGUAUCUGCUUUGCUACAGUGGGAACCAACGAUCCAGUUACUUCUGCUUUACACAUCGUUGUGGGUGAUUCCCAGCCAAUGGAUGUGUGUUCAGUUCAUCAUAAUGAUGUCUUUCUCAGAUACUCAGUCUCAUUGCUUGGCUACGGCUUCUAUGGAGAUGUGCUUUCAGACAGUGAGAGGAACAGAUGGCUUGGCCCUGCCAGAUACGACCUGGCAGGUGUGAAAACCUUUCUGAGCCACAACUACUACGAGGGCACCGUCUCUUUCCUCCCCGCCGAGGAUGACUUGGGGAAUCCGAGGGAUAAGCUGCAGUGUCGAUCCGGGUGCAGCAUCUGUCAGCACAACCGCUCAUCAAAGGACGCGCACGGCGACGUGUCGGAGGAGAAGGAAAAGCCUGGCAAAGAUGACAGCAGUGACUGGAAUGAGAUCCAUGGAGAGUUUAUUGCCAUUAACGCAGCCAACAUGAGCUGCGCUUGUCCUCGAAGUCCAAAAGGCCUGUCACCCUUCGCCCACCUCGCUGACGGCAAUGCAGACCUGAUCCUGGUGAGGAACUGCUCCCGCCUGGACUUCUUCAAACACCUUCUUCGACACACCAACAAAGACGAUCAGUUUGACCACCCUUUUGUAGAGGUCCACCGAGUGAGGAAGUUUCGCUUCGAGCCAGAGCGCCACAUACUGGUUUCACUGGAAGACCUGAGCGAGCCUGCAACAAAGACUGGCUACAGCACUCCCCUUGGCAGCUGGAGCUGCGAUGGGGAGAUCCUGCCUGAGGUUGCCAUUCAAGUCAGUGUCCAGUGCCAGUUGAUCAGGCUGUUUGCCCGUGGUAUUGAGGAACAGCAGCAGGAGCAGCAGCAGCAGUGUGUGUCGGACGACCCGUGUACCCUCAGUGCCUUGGAGCCAACCACAGACUAGUCAGUGGAUUGAGAGCUGAACAGGACAUUUAGCUGCUCGAAAACAACUUAGUUGAACUUGGCAAAGUUUCCUGGAAAAACGCAUUUGUCAUAUCAGUUUAAAUCCUAAAUGCUGAUGUCUCCUUGCAAAAAAAGGGAAUGAAAUUUA